CUUCUAACUGGGAAGGCUGUAUGUAGCUGAGAGCCACAGUUAACGUUAUGUGAUCAGAUGUGAAAACGCUGCCACAUGAGCUUUCGUGUUUUUACUUUUAAAUAACAGGAUACGCAUGGAAUACAAAACCAAAACAAAACUACAAGAUGAAAGCGUCCUAAAGGAAAAGCUCGGAGGCAAAACAGCGACUGACCAAAUAAUCACCGAGCUCUUGAAGUAACAUCACAUAGAACAGAACGAUAGUGUGACCUUUAGAAUUUCAAAACUUGUGAAAAAAUAACCAUUCAUUCUUUUUGCAUAUGGUAUUUUCUGAAGCAAUGUAUGUGAGGAAUACUGUGUUGUAAUCUGAAGAUUUUAAACUUGUGAAAGCCUGGAAAACGGACUCGCCUUAUUCUGCAUUCCCACUUCACAGUAUAAUAAAGCAGACGGUGGCGAUUCGAAUGAUGUAAUGAGCAGAAGGAAAAGUCUUGGACUAUUAAUAGUCAUAACUUUAUCUUUACAAGAACCCUCCUAACUGAUUGCAAUUUAAGGUUGGGAAAUUUCGAGCUGCAUGAAGAACCAAAGCGGUGCUGAAAAUGAUACAGGGAUGGAUCUAGCCCAGGCGCUUAGCGUGCUUAACAGAUCGCACGAAUCCAAUGACACAGGUACCCCACAAAUACCACCACACUCCCCUGCUGCUGCCGCUUUUAUCAUCCUGGUGGUCAUAGUAAUUAUCAUCCUGACCAUUGUUGGCAACGUGCUUGUGGUGGUUGCAGUGUUCACAAGCCGAGCUCUCAGGGCGCCCCAGAACCUGUUUCUUGUUUCUCUCGCGUCUGCUGACAUUCUGGUGGCCACUUUGGUUAUCCCCUUCUCCCUGGCUAACGAGGUGAUGGGCUACUGGUACUUCGGUAGCACCUGGUGUGGCUUCUACCUGGCUUUGGAUGUUCUCUUCUGCACUUCCUCUAUUGUGCAUCUGUGCGCCAUCAGCCUGGACAGAUACUGGUCAGUGACCAAAGCGGUGCGCUACAACCUCAAAAGGACUCCUAAAAGGAUAAAAUGUAUGAUUGCCAUAGUCUGGGUCAUAUCGGCGGUCAUCUCUUUCCCACCAUUGAUCAUUAAAAAAGAAGCAAAAAAUCAUGACUCUGAAUGCCUCCUCAACGAGGAAACAUGGUAUAUAUUAUCCUCCUGUGUAGUAUCUUUUUUUGCCCCCUGCGUAAUUAUGAUUUUAGUUUACUGUAAGAUCUACAGGGUGGCAAAGCAGAGGUCUUCGACUGUUUUUGUCGCCAAGAACGGAUUGGAGAGACAGCCUUCCCAGUCUGAAACCUGUUUCGUGCCUAAGGAUAAGUUUGAGAAUGAAAGCCCCAGUAGCCAAAGCUCGGGCAGCAAUCAGAGGCAAGAAGAGCUCGAGGACAUCGACCUCGAGGAAAGCACGUCAGAAAAUAAGCCCAGUAAGAACCCUCGAUUUCCUAAGAAUAGAAAGGUGGAAGGGUCGAGUUGCUGUGCCAAGCAAAACUGUCGCUUGUCCUGGGCUUCGAAUCGAGCCUCUCAGCUUUUCGUUGAGCAAAAGAGGAGACAUAACUCUGUUUCAAAGAACAAGGUGGCACAGUUGCGGGAGAAAAGAUUCACUUUUGUGUUAGCUGUCGUAAUGGGGGUGUUUGUGCUUUGCUGGUUCCCAUUUUUCUUCACGUACAGUUUGCAGGCAAUAUGUGGGGACAAAUGCAAUAUUCCCAAAACCCUUUUUGAUCUCUUCUUUUGGAUUGGCUACUGUAACAGUUCUGUAAACCCUAUUAUUUAUACCAUUUUCAACAGGGAUUUUCGCAAAGCUUUUAAGAAAAUCAUAUGUAUAACUGCCAAACGCACUUAGGGGGAAUUAAAAGUGAUUUGUCGUUAUUGCUGUUUAUUUAAGUUUGCUGAAGUUCAAUAAAUGUGCUAUCUAUUUCUAUUUGUAAUGGCUGUGUUUUAAAAUAAUGUUAACAAGUAUUUGUUAUAUAUUUGUAUACGGCUCAUUAUCUAUAAUACUGUGAGAGACAACUAUUUUUGUUUUGUUUUGUGUUGUUUUUGCGUUGAAAAGGGGAUAAUGAAACGAUUGAUAGUGUUAUUUUCAUGCUACUUAAUAGAACACAUUGAUUCAAUUUCCAAAAUAUGUAUAUGUAAUCAAUGGGGUGUUUACACCAAUGUUGACCUGCAUUCCAGCCCAUUACGCUUUAAAAUGUGCUGAAGUCUGCGUUUUUUUACGCACGGGCUUAUUCUACAAGUUGAAAAGCAUGUGUUAAUAAUAAACAAACUACACCGAAGUCCCAGGCCCUUCACAAAUCUGGCAGGAUGUAUAUAUUGCAAAAAACAAAUAUUUAAGAAUUAAACGUAAUCUAACCCAAUCGGUGUCCUUGUUUCUAUAUAUUACACUGCAAAGGGGCACGUUGGUUUGGAUUUUUCUGAGCAAAACAAAGGGUUGGUCAACUGCAGAUUUUAUCGCCAUCAUUAAAUAAUGAACUGAUUAGGACCUACAAAGAUGUCAAAUUAUUCAAUUAUGUCUUUAAGAGUAUAUGUGGAAGAAACCAGGAAGGCUCUAUAAUUCAAAUUGGGCACACCUGGUUUUACCUAAAAAAUAAAUACAUGGAUAAAGUAUUUUUAUAAUGAGUUGUAACAUAUGAUGUAGUGUUGCACUCAUCCAGAUCUCACUCACAAAAUACACUCUCAAGUCACAGCCUGUACCAUGUGUGAUUGAGAAGACCUGGUCAUGUUACAGUCUUUUAAAAUGCGUUGUUGGAAAAGGGAACAAAUACAAACUAAAAUAUGUUUGCAAAACACACAACUGCUUUAGAAAGUCAAUAUAACUCAAAUUUAGCUUUCUUGUCCAAAUGUGAUAAUUAUUAUUAUUAUUAUUAUUAUUAUUAUUAUUAUUAUUAGUCAUUUAGUAGACACUUGUAUCCUAAGAGUAGGCAGUGAACUACGCCUGAACAUUUGCUGCUCGGUUUUACAUCUCACCCGAAGGACUGAUCACAGACCUAUUGAAAAACACACAUAACAUACAGUAGCAACAAUACAUACAAGCUUUUCUACCAAUAAUAAUAAUACACAUGCUGCCAUUGCAAAACAAUUUUAUAAAUUUGUACUUGAGGUUAAUUACAUUAUAGUUUCGAGAAAAAGGUAUGCUUCAUGUAAAACAAUUUGCAUUCAGCGUAGUGGUGCAUUUUUAUUUAAAAAAUGUAAUUCCCUCUCUAGUACACCCAUGUUUGUUAACAACAGCUGUGCGUAUUUAGUGUAAAACAAAUUAGUUACAUGCAGAAUAAAAUGUAAGAUUACAAAACAUGUAUUUCAUAUCCAAAGUUUAUGAUGGACGUCCUCAGUCUGCAAGGAAAACAACAUCUGGGCAUGUGCAGUGCAAGGGAAAAUAGUCUAGGCAUGUGCAGUAUGCAAAGUAGGAACAUUUGAUAGGUAGCAUAAAUUGCACCAUUCCAGCACUGACUACAAACAGACAACAAUAGGAAAUGUGGGCAGCAUGCAGCGUGGCAGUCGACAUGUGGAUGUGAAUGAUUUAAGGCACACCCAGCAACAGCAACCCCGACAUAGGCAAAGAUAUGCUGAAAGGGUAUACCGGCCUCAGCACACAUAUGAGGAGCUCAGCAAUGAACAAGUCGUGUUCAGGUAUUGUCUCAACCGAGACAUGCUGACUCAUCUAUGUUACAUGCAGCAUGAUGACCUGGUGUGGCACAGGGCCCUCCCCUGUGUGUAUUAUAUUUUGUGUUCUAAUGUUGGUGUAUCGUCAUUAGUAAACGGGAUAUAAACAGGUCUGUGUAACACAAGUGU